GGGCGCGCGGCAGGGCGCGCGGCAGGGCGCGAGAGCGCGCCCCCGGCGGCGGCGGCGGCGACUGUUGCGGGGCGGCGGGGAACAUUGGCUAAGGCGACAGUGGAGGCUUAGGCACCGGUGGCGGGCGGCUGCGGUUCCUGGUGCUGCUCGGCGCGCGGCCAGCUUUCGGAACGGAACGCUCGGCGUCGCGGGCCCCGCCCGGAAAGUUUGCCGUGGAGUCGCGACCUCUUGGCCCGCGCGGCCCGGCAUGAAGCGGCGUUGAGGAGCUGCUGCCGCCGCUUGCCGCUGCCGCCGCCGCCGCCGCCUGAGGAGGAGCUGCAGCACCCUGGGCCACGCCGAUGACUACUGCAAACUGUGGCGCCCACGACGAGCUCGACUUCAAACUCGUCUUUGGCGAGGACGGGGCGCCGGCGCCGCCGCCCCCGGGCUCGCGGCCUGCAGAUCUUGAGCCAGAUGAUUGUGCAUCCAUUUACAUCUUUAAUGUAGAUCCACCUCCAUCUACUUUAAACACACCACUUUGCUUACCACAUCAUGGAUUACCGUCUCACUCUUCUGUUUUGUCACCAUCGUUUCAGCUCCAAAGUCACAAAAACUAUGAAGGAACUUGUGAGAUUCCUGAAUCUAAAUAUAGCCCAUUAGGUGGUCCCAAACCCUUUGAGUGCCCAAGUAUUCAAAUUACAUCUAUCUCUCCUAACUGUCAUCAAGAAUUAGAUGCACAUGAAGAUGACCUACAGAUAAAUGACCCAGAACGGGAAUUUUUGGAAAGGCCUUCUAGAGAUCAUCUCUAUCUUCCUCUUGAGCCAUCCUACCGGGAGUCUUCUCUUAGUCCUAGUCCUGCCAGCAGCAUCUCUUCUAGGAGUUGGUUCUCUGAUGCAUCUUCUUGUGAAUCGCUUUCACAUAUUUAUGAUGAUGUGGACUCAGAGUUGAAUGAAGCUGCGGCCCGAUUUACCCUUGGAUCCCCUCUGACUUCUCCUGGUGGCUCUCCAGGGGGCUGCCCUGGAGAAGAAACUUGGCAUCAACAGUAUGGACUUGGACACUCAUUAUCACCCAGGCAAUCUCCUUGCCACUCUCCUAGAUCCAGUGUCACUGAUGAGAAUUGGCUGAGCCCCAGGCCAGCCUCAGGACCCUCAUCAAGGCCCACAUCCCCCUGUGGGAAACGGAGGCACUCCAGUGCUGAAGUUUGUUAUGCUGGGUCCCUUUCACCCCAUCACUCACCUGUUCCUUCUCCUGGUCACUCCCCCAGGGGAAGUGUGACAGAAGAUACGUGGCUCAAUGCUUCUGUCCAUGGUGGGUCAGGCCUUGGCCCUGCAGUUUUUCCAUUUCAGUACUGUGUAGAGACUGACAUCCCUCUCAAAACAAGGAAAACUUCUGAAGAUCAAGCUGCCAUACUACCAGGAAAAUUAGAGCUGUGUUCAGAUGACAAAGGGAGUUUAUCACCAGCCCGGGAGACUUCAAUAGAUGAUGGCCUUGGAUCUCAGUAUCCUUUAAAGAAAGAUUCAUGUGGUGAUCAGUUUCUUUCAGUUCCUUCACCCUUUACCUGGAGCAAACCAAAGCCUGGCCACACCCCUAUAUUUCGCACAUCUUCAUUACCUCCACUAGACUGGCCUUUACCAGCUCAUUUUGGACAAUGUGAACUGAAAAUAGAAGUGCAACCUAAAACUCAUCAUCGAGCCCAUUAUGAAACUGAAGGUAGCCGAGGGGCAGUAAAAGCAUCUACUGGGGGACAUCCUGUUGUGAAGCUCCUGGGCUAUAACGAAAAGCCAAUAAAUCUACAAAUGUUUAUUGGGACAGCAGAUGAUCGAUAUUUACGACCUCAUGCAUUUUACCAGGUGCAUCGAAUCACUGGGAAGACAGUCGCUACUGCAAGCCAAGAGAUAAUAAUUGCCAGUACAAAAGUUCUGGAAAUUCCACUUCUUCCUGAAAACAAUAUGUCAGCCAGUAUUGAUUGUGCAGGUAUUUUGAAACUCCGCAAUUCAGAUAUAGAACUUCGAAAAGGAGAAACUGAUAUUGGCAGAAAGAAUACUAGAGUACGACUUGUGUUUCGUGUACACAUCCCACAGCCCAGUGGAAAAGUCCUUUCUCUGCAGAUAGCCUCUAUACCCGUUGAGUGCUCCCAGCGGUCUGCUCAAGAACUUCCUCAUAUUGAGAAGUACAGUAUCAACAGUUGUUCUGUAAAUGGAGGUCAUGAAAUGAUUGUGACUGGAUCUAAUUUUCUUCCAGAAUCCAAAAUCAUUUUUCUUGAAAAAGGACAAGAUGGACGACCUCAGUGGGAAGUAGAAGGGAAGAUAAUCAGGGAAAAAUGUCAAGGGGCUCACAUUGUCCUUGAAGUUCCUCCAUAUCAUAACCCAGCAGUUACAGCUGCAGUGCAGGUGCACUUUUAUCUUUGCAAUGGCAAGAGGAAAAAAAGCCAGUCUCAACGUUUUACUUAUACACCAGUUUUGAUGAAGCAUGAACACAGAGAAGAGACUGAUUUGUCUUCAGUUCCAUCUUUGCCUGUGCCUCAUCCUGCUCAGACCCAGAGGCCUUCCUCUGAUUCAGGGUGUUCACAUGACAGUGUACUGUCAGGACAGAGAAGUUUGAUUUGUUCCAUCCCACAAACAUAUGCAUCCAUGGUGACCUCAUCCCAUCUGCCACAGUUGCAGUGUAGAGAUGAGAGUGUUAGUAAAGAACAGCAUAUGAUUCCUUCUCCAAUUGUACACCAGCCUUUUCAAGUCACACCAACACCUCCUGUGGGGUCUUCCUAUCAGCCUAUGCAAAGUAAUGUUGUGUACAAUGGACCAACUUGUCUUCCUAUUAAUGCUGCCUCUAGUCAAGAAUUUGAUUCAGUUUUGUUUCAGCAGGAUGCAACUCUUUCUGGUUUAGUGAAUCUUGGCUGUCAACCACUGUCAUCCAUACCAUUUCAUUCUUCAAAUUCAGGCUCAACAGGACAUCUCUUAGCCCAUACACCUCAUUCUGUGCAUACCCUGCCUCAUCUGCAAUCAAUGGGAUAUCAUUGUUCAAAUACAGGACAAAGAUCUCUUUCUUCUCCAGUGGCUGACCAGAUUACAGGUCAGCCUUCGUCUCAGUUACAACCUAUUACAUAUGGUCCUUCACAUUCAGGGUCUGCUACAACAGCUUCCCCAGCAGCUUCUCAUCCCUUGGCUAGUUCACCGCUUUCUGGGCCACCAUCUCCUCAGCUUCAGCCUAUGCCUUACCAAUCUCCUAGCUCAGGAACUGCCUCAUCACCGUCUCCAGCCACCAGAAUGCAUUCUGGACAGCACUCAACUCAAGCACAAAGUACGGGCCAGGGGGGUCUUUCUGCACCUUCAUCCUUAAUAUGUCACAGUUUGUGUGAUCCAGCUUCAUUUCCACCUGAUGGGGCAACUGUGAGCAUUAAACCUGAACCAGAAGAUCGAGAGCCUAACUUUGCAACCAUUGGUCUGCAGGACAUCACUUUAGAUGAUGACCAAUUUAUAUCUGACUUGGAACACCAGCCAUCAGGUUCAGCAGAGAAAUGGCCUAACCACAGUGUGCUCUCAUGUCCAGCUCCUUUCUGGAGAAUCUAGAGGUGAACGAGAUAAUUGGGAGAGACAUGUCCCAGAUUUCUGUUUCCCAAGGAGCAGGGGUGAGCAGGCAGGCUCCCCUCCCAAGUCCUGAGUCCCUGGAUUUAGGAAGAUCUGAUGGGCUCUAACAGUGCUUACUGCAGCCUUGUGUCCACCACCAACUUCUCACCAUGUUUCUCUCCUUGGACCUUGGGUUUCCAACUGUGCAGCCUUCAGGUCUGGGGCCAGGAGUGGGACCCACCAUUUGUGGGGAAAGUAGCAUUCCUCCACCUCAGGCCUUGGGUAAAUUUGGCAAAAGAACAGGAACAGCAUAGGCUGUUUGAGUUUUGGGGAAAUGAGCUUUGCUUUUUAUAUUUAACUAGGAUACUUUUAUAUGAUGGGUGCUUUGAGUGUGAAUGCAGCAGGCUCUCUUGUUUCCGAGGUGCUGCUUUUGCAGGUGACCUGGUUACUUAGCUAGGAUUGGUGAUUUGUACUGCUUUAUGGUCAUUUGAAGGGCCCUUUAGUUUUUAUGAUAAUUUUUAAAAUAGGAACUUUUGAUAAGACCUUCUAGAAGCAAAAAAAAAGAAAAAAGAAAAAGAAAAAAAAAAGAAAAGAAAAAAAGAAAAAGAAAAAAAAUCCCAAGCCCACACCUAUGCCUCAGAAAGUCAGCAUGUGUCCUGAAGACGUUCAUAGAUUUAUAGGAAAUAAAGCCAAAUGUAGCUCAUACCUCUUUAUAAAACUAAACUGUUGUUAGAUAAAAUGAGAAGAGACCAUUCCAUCAUUGAAGUGUUGGAAUAUAAAAAGACAUUCCAGAGCAUAGCCUUUUGGUAACUUUCUAGGUAAUCUUGCAAUCUCUCCAUACUGGCUCCAUAUUGAAAUUGCUUUUUCCCUCAGGACCCUGGGUAAGAUGGCUACAUUUAAGGUGACUCUGAAUGGUGGGGUUCUAGCUUGGUCACUUUCAUUUCUUGCCAUCAUAAAAACUAGUAGGCUGUGGAGUGCGCUUCCUGUUUGUGUCAUCUGGUCCUAGAACCUUUUCCAAACAGAAGCAUCUGCCUUUGGCUGUUCUGUGACCUUUGGAGCCAGUCUCAGUGGUUUAGGCAGCUUUGCAGUUCUAACUCUUCUCUAGAGGCCAGGCUGUGUGCAGAGCUAAAGCACAAAUGAGCAGUACAUCAGCAUGGGCAGAGAAAAUACAGGACUCCAGAUGGGAAGGUUUUAAGAGUCACACUGGCAUGGAAGGCUUAUCUGCCAUUCUGUUUAUAGCCUGAAAUGAUUCUGGCCUACCCUGUCCUGUCUGUAUGAUCUAAAAACCAGCCUUUUCCCCAGAAGGCUCUGAGCACAUCCAGAAGUGAUAACCUGACCUUCCACACCAAAGACACCCUGGUGCUGCUGCUGGUGAGACUGGUGUCCAAGGCAGGGCCCAGCAGAAACUGCAGCCUGCUGUCUACCAAAGGAGGUACCCGAGUUGGGUACUUUAAAAAAAAAAAAACCUGCCCUUACCCCUCUCCCUAAUGGGAUUUUUUUUACCUGUUCCUGGGCCCAUUACAGAGCCUCUGAAGUUUGCAGUAUGCUUUCAAAUGAAAUAAUAUACUUCCAUUGAUUCAGGAAGCAGAUUUUUUGAGUGCCUAUAUGUGAGACAGUGUGCUGGUUGAAGGCCUGAUGCUGUUAUUCCAGGAGACUGCAGGCCCUUGAUGCCAGGACUCUCUCUACUGAGGCCAGUUCAGGUCUGGGAAAGGGAGCUGGCCUAUUGCCCACCACCUGUUGUCAGUAGGUUAGGAGCUGUUGACUCAGGAUGAGGAAGUAUGGUCUUUAAAAAAAACAAAAUAUAUUUUAGAUUUCUCCCCUAAAGUUAGAGAAAAAGGUCUAUUCUUCAGCAGAUCACUGUGGCCCCUCUUGGAGCUGGGUGUUUUCAAAUUUUCUUGAAAAGUGAGUUGUGUCACAGAAUGUGGAUAGUGAGAUUUGCUUCUGGGCCUGUGGUUGGAAGCCCACAGCUUCCUUUGGAGGGGCAAGAAGUUGGCCUCUCGGUUGACAUUCCAGAGAAAUGGCCAGACUUGCCUCUACCCUUUUGCCCCUGGUGUAGCUGCCUCACAUGAGGUUAUUGCAAGAGUUCCCCUUGCAAUACCCUUUGUGCCCUCAAGAAUUAAAAGCCUCUAUGAUCCAGAGUUGCUAUGCACCAAAUUUUGAUGCCUUCUAAAUACCUUGAUGCCUGUAGCACUAGAAAUGCUUUCCUAUUGAAAAUAAACAUUAAAUUUUAAAAUAGAGCUUUGUAUACUAUGUAAGCAGUUUUAUAUCAGCUUUGUAAAAGCUUUGGUGUUAAGAGUCAAUAUUUUUUGGCUUUGUAGAUAAAGACUUAAAUUUUUGUGCAACAUAGUGGUGUUAAAGCACACAUCCAUUGGACUGUGCAAAUCAAUUUCUACUAGCAGCACUGAGCAACUGGGCACGUGCUAGUACGCACCCCCUCCUACUCUAACUGUGCUAGCUUUUGGGUUGAGGAAUGGAAUGGGUAGCCUUCUGCUUACUGGAGAUGCACAGAGAAACAUGGCUGAAAACAGCUUUAAAAAGAACAUGUCUUUGGGUUCAUGUGUGGUGCUGCUGCCCGGGUGUAAACUAUCCCCACCCAGGGCCAGCCAUUAUCACCAGACCUCUUCUGGGCCUGGCUGUGAAGCCCUGUUUUUGGUAUUCAGAAUGGAUCUUUAAGGCUCAGAUGGGCUCAAAUUGAAACCUUGUAUUUUAUAAAAUGGAUGUUUAGUAAAGGAACUGGUUCUCAGUUAUGUUUACAGCACUUGGAAUUGUGUGUUCUUGUACAUUUUGUAUUUUAAAACCUUUUAUGGGAGUGCAGUGCUCCUUACACAAAUACAAAGGGAAGAAGAGCCAGCAGUUGAGGCUCCUCAGUUUUAGUGCUGAAAUAAUAAACAGUGACAGGUCAACAGUA